CCCUGCGAGGGGGAAGCUCUCCAUGAGGAUUUGGGGUGGGCAGACGUGGGGCUGGACCCUCCGAGCUCCACAGCCCCCUGGCACAGCUGGUGUUUGGCUUCUCCUGAGGGCGAUUUCUCCUUCAAGCUGCUCCCGGCAGAGGGCUGAGCACUCAGAGCAAGUGCCCGAGCAGGGCCAGGACAGGUUCAGCUAUGACUAUGACACCAUCCGCAACGGGGGGCUGAUCUUCGCCGUGGUGGCUUUUGUCAUCGGGCUCCUCAUCAUCCUCAGCCAGCGCUUCCACUGCGGAGGGAGGAAGAAGAGGAGGCAAGGCAGCGAGGAGGAGCUGUAGGUGCAGUCCCAGGGCUGCGAUGCCAGCACGGAAGCAGAGCUCCAGCCGAAGCCCAGCGCUCCUGGCCAGCGGCCACCCCUCACCCCGCUCCACCGGACCCAUUACCCCGCACGGCCAGAAGGCAAAUUGCCCUCGUGCUUCCCCCUCUCUUAGACCCAGCGAGAGUUUCUUGGCUAAUAAAGUUCAAGCUCCCAGAGGUUAAA